AUGUCAUUCACUUAUGUAUUUAUUUCCAUCCUAUCUCAGCUUCCAUAUCGUCCACAGAAUGGAACAUCCACAUCAAAACCCGGUGGACCCAGCCUUGUGAUCAAUCACCGAGCCUCAGUAGACAAUCGCGACCUAGAUCAUGAAGCCGAGGUGAAAGAGGCAUUCUCUCUUAGCAAAUAUUUCCUUAACGUGAACGGGAAGGAUACCUUUGUUGCUGACAUUCCUCUCACAGCCAUUAAGUGCAUGUCUGUAGAUACUCGAAAUGAAUACCGUAGAAUUGGAAGUCUCUACUACAGAGAGAACAUUGUCGAUUAA